CAGCAAGCCGCUUUCUACCCCCGUGUUGAUCAAAUAACAAGAAAGAAAGAAAGUGACCUGAGAGAAAUGAUUCGUCUUGUGCCACAUCGGUCAGUUUCGACACGACUGUGACAGCGCCGGUGUUGUGCAGUCAACGCGGUCUCUCGUCUUCGGUCUGCUGCUCAAAUGUCUUUGUCUUCUCGCCAGUGAACACUAACGGAAAAUCGGUUUAAGACGUUUGCGCGAGGAUUUCUCUUCCGAUAAUGAUCUUAUGAGUCUUCUUUUGAUUUGUAUUGGUCACCAUGUUAGUUUUGUGGAGGAGCAGCAGUAAUAUGAGUGACCUGGUGGGUCCUGUGGAUCAGGGUUGUGUGGACGGAUCUCUGAUGGACGGGUUCAGUGUUUUUAUUCAGGGUCUGUUGGCUGUUCUGGCUUUCAGCACUUUAAUGUUGAAAAGGUUUCGUGAACCCGUCGGAAUAAGAAGACCAUGGAAGAUCUGGAUCUUUGAUACGUCGAAGCAGGCCAUCGGGGCUCUCUUCAUGCAUUUUGCCAACAUUUUCUUGUCCACACUCACCAAUGAAGAUCCCUGUUCUCUAUAUCUCUUGAACUUCCUGUUGGAUGCCACACUGGGAAUGCUGGUGAUCUGGGCGGAGGUUAAGGUUGUUUCUAAGAUUGUGGAGCACAGACAGCUAACACUGCUGAUGUUUGGAGAAUACGGUGAUCCUCCGCGGAUAGCAGCCUGGCUGGCUCAGUGCUCCGUGUAUUUACUCAUAGUUUCUGUGGAGAAAAGUGUGGUCACUCUGGUGCUGCUCGUUCCUGGGUGGACCAAUCUGGAGGAGGUGGUUCUGGACUACAUCCCAAACCCACAGCUGGAGUUGGCUAUCGUCAUGCUGAUCGUGCCUUUCAUUGUAAACUUUAUAAUGUUCUGGGUGGUGGACAGUUUAACAAUGCGGAAAUCUAAGAAAAUGAGGUCUCUGGAGGGCUCACGUGACUGUCCUAAGCAAGGAGAGGUGUUGCCAAGUGACAGCAAUGACGAAGCUGAGGUGCUGCUAAAGGAAGAUGAAGAUGAUGCUACAGUGUGUUCUGAACAGGAAGAGCACGUCUCUACAGAAGAGGUGUUGAUACGCGUCUGAAUGGAAGUUUAAAACAAACGUUUAGAAGAAUACUUGGCAGAAUUGCUUAAACACUAUAUAUUUGUUCCUAAACCUAGUGAGCUGCCUUGAUGUUUACUUCUUAAAUAGGCAGAUGCCUUUCAGAGUGAAAUGGAAACUCCUAAGUGACUUUGGAACACUCUAAUUAGAUUUCAACGUAGAGCAACUCAGAACUUUUCACGCCAAGUACACACUGGAGAUGGGACUCAGUUGAUACCAAUAGAGUUUGGCAUUAGCAUGUUGCUAAGCUAACAACACAGCACCAUAGGCUGUAGACAUGUCUCCACUUCCUACCACUAUGGAAAAGUGAAGCCAAAACAUCUCAGUAUGGCCGCUGUCAUCUUGCGAAAAUGACGUCAUUUGUUUCCCCAGUCUGCGCAGUAGUGAUUAAUUUGGAGACUGCGUAAUAGUGAUCAAGAAGUGGAGUCGAGGUAUCAAAGUCCCAUCCAAACUCCCGCAGACCCAAUCAAACACUCACAAUCAUGACGCCACACCCCAUUUUUGGAGCAUCAAUUUUAUUAAUUACAUAAUUUAGUUUUGCUCACAUCCCAUUUGUUUACAUGGAGAGGCAGCCAACAGAUGGCGAUCAAAAUGGUUUGGCUUUAUUUUCAGGUCAUGUGCGGCACAUUUGCACAAUACUAGAGAUGAUGCUAUGUAUGUAAAAUUGUCAAUGUUUUUAGUUAAAUUGAUAGAUGCUUUUUAGCAUUUCAUGAAAUGUGUUUAUCAUCAAUAUUUGUUUUAAGAAAUUUUUAUGCUAAUAUGGUCUGGAACAGCCUUCUUCUGGGAGAGUGCCAGUGAUGCUUUAAAUUAAUAUUUUCAUGGCAGAGUAGAUUUACAAUUGUUUCAAAUGAGUGUCUUCAAAACAGAAUUUUUAAAAAUUGGAAAACAAAUUGCAUUGUGGCUGUUCAAUACUCGAUAAUGGUGCUUUGUGCAUCUGAAAACCCAAACUUUUAAAUGGAUUUGAAAAAGUGCAAGGUUUUGAAAACCGUUAUCAUUUCAGUGUAAACUACAAAAACACAAAUUUGUGUUAACGGUAAUGUCAUGCACAUGCGUAUUAUAUGUGCACAGUGUUUUUAGUCAUUUUCGUGGAUCAACAUAAACAGGGAUCGUUUUGACAACGUUGUCAACUGUACAUGAAAAACACUUCGUUUUUCAUUUAAACAUGCCCCGAGUCUGAUGUUAGGAUGGCGCUAAGCUAACAACACAAUAGGUAAACAGAUUCCUUUGUCAACAUUUCUCUCAGAUCGUCUGCUAUCUUAAAAUGUAAUAAUAAAAAAGUAAAUAUAAUAAAUGACAAUAUUUUCUGGAAUUGCUUUCCCGGAGAAAAAAAACAUGCAAUGUUGCCAAGUAUUUUAGUAUUCAAUUAUGCUUUGGUUACAAUGAAGAAACGUUCCCAGAACAUUCUGAUAGCAGUCGCUAGAAGGACUAUGCUGUCUAGGUAGGCAGCUCUCUAGAUUUUGGAGCAGCUGGGAAGUUUUAACAAAAUUUUAAGCAGACACACAUGCAAUUUGUCAUUCUAUACUUCAGGUAAAACUGCAUUUUGCUUAUACUCUUAUAAUUGUUAUCCAUGCAGCUUAUAUUAAAUGUGAACUCAUUUUAAUUGAGAAGCUACAUUGAAUAUUUGAGCAUUUAAAAAUUCAUGUCAGGCUUUUAGAAGUAGUGAAUCAAAAAUGUAAUACUUAAUAUGGUCACCAUUUGACAAGUUACAGCAUCUAAGUUAUAUAUUUUGUUUAUACAUUUAUAUAAACUUCAACCUAAAAUCUUGAUGUUGAAAAAAAUAUUGUUCAGUAAGAGCAACAGUUUUAUGAAAUACUUGAAAUUACGUUGUGGGAUGUUUGUAUGUUAAUGUAUAAGCAGACAAGAUAAUUAUCAGCAUACGAAUUAUUAAAGGGAAACAUUAUCCUCCUUCCACAUCCUUUAGAGCUCAUACUUCUAAGAAGUUAAUUAAAAGAAGAGAAAUGGAGAAAGAUGAGAGGUCUAGUGUUUCUCCUGAUUACAGACAUUCAGACUUUUAAUUUGUAGUCUAAACAAGUCAUGUCACUACCUGUGAUGAACACUUGACUUUAAAUACACUACAGCCAUUUUUCCAGCGCUGAUGCAUGCUAGAAUAUUUCAUAUCUGAAAGAUGCACUCAAGAAAAUUUUGUAAAUAUUCAGUUUUAAGUGAAAGACCAGAUUAUCUCUGUGCUUAAACGUUGUAGUACUGUUUUUGUAUUUUUACAUAUCGUGCACUAGUUAUGAAAAAAUAUUUGAUAUAACUGAUGUAUAAAAUGUACAACUGUUUACAAUUUAAGCUUUGAAAUUAUAUUGAUUUCUUUAAAAUUGUAGCAAUGUCAACACGCAUAUUAAAUUUCUUCAACAUGAGGAGACAUCCUGUUGAAAAA